AUGAGGAAAAAAAAUAAAUUGUAGACAAAUAAGCUAUCAAAAAAAAAACAGGAAAGCCCAUAAAAAAAGUUGUAAUGGAGCACAGUAUUAAUUAAGCAACAAAAUCCUAGAAAAUCUGCAUAAUUGAUCUAGGAAAUCCAAAAAUUGGGAGGGUAUUAUUGUUAAUAAAGUAUCAUUAAAGUAAUGAAACAAUGACAUUAGAUAAUAUGAAUGAAUUGAAAGAAACUGUAAAUUGCGAUGAUUUAACGAUUUAAAACAAUCUAGGACUAGAAGAGUCAGACGAUAAACUUAAUAAAGGUACAUUUACUCUAAAACUUAAUAGCAAUAUAAUUAGAUAAUAAUUUUAGAUAUGAAGAAGCACUAUUAUGUUAUGAUUUAGCAAUCUAGAAAAAUCCAAAAGACCCCCGAUUAUUUAAUGGAAAAGGUUAAUAUUUUCCAAAUAAAUUUUUAUGUAGGAGCAACAUUAUCGAAUAUGUAUAGAUUUGAAGAAGCUUUAGAAUAAUAUAAUGAAGCGAUUAAAAUUAAUCCAGAAGAAUCAAAAUAUUAUUAUAAUAAAGGUAUUUAUUUAAACUCAAACUAUAAAGCAAUAACAUUAGAUGAUAUGGAUAGAUACGAGGAAGCAUUGAAAUAUUAUGAUUAAGCAAUAAAAAUAAAUCCUGUUGAUGCAGACUAUUAUUAUUCAAAAGGUAUAUUUAUAGUCAAAAAUAUAGCAAUAACAUUAAAUAAUAUGAAUAGAUAUUAAGAAGCAUUAUAAUGGUGUGAUUAAGCUACAAAAAUAAAUCCUGAUGAUGCAGACUAUUUUAUGGAAAAAGGUAUAUUUAUCCAUAAAUUUGAUAGCAAGAACAUUAGAUAAAUUGAAUAGAUUUGAAGAAGCUUUAAAAUAUUAUGAUUUAGCAAUUGAAAAAGAUCCAGAAGUUGCAGACUAUUUCAAUAAUAAAGGUAUAUUUAUACUUGAACUUUAAAGCACUAACAUUAGAUAAUAUGAAUAGACAUUAAGAAGCAUUAUAAUAGUAUGAUUAAGCAAUAAAAAACAAUCCCGAUGAUGCAGACUAUUUUAUGUAAAAAGGUAUAUUUAUCCUUAAAUUUGAUAGCAAUAACAUUAGAUAAUAUGAAUAGAUAUGAAGAAGCAUUAGAAUUUUUUGAUUUAGCAAUAUCUAAAUAUCCAGAAUUUGCUGGCUAUUAUAAUAAUAAAGGUAUAUUUAUACUUGAACUUUAAAGCACUAACAUUAGAUAAAAUGAAAAGAUUUGAAGAAGCUUUAAAAUAUUAUGAUUUAGCUAUUGGAAAAGAUCCAGAAGUUGCAGACUAUUAUAAUAAUAAGGGUAUAUUUAGACUUGAACUUUAAAGCACUAACAUUAGAUAAUAUGAAUAGAUAUGAAGAAGCAUUAGAAUUUUUUGAUUUAGCUAUUGGAAAAGAUCCAGAAGUUGCAGACUAUUAUAAUAAUAAAGGUAUAUUUAUACUUGAACUUUAAAGCACUAACAUUAGAUAAAAUGAAUAGAUUUGAAGAAGCUUUAAAAUAUUAUGAUUUAGCAAUUGAAAAAGAUCCAGAAAUUGCAGACUAUUAUAAUAAUAAGGGUAUAUUUAUACUUGAACUUUAAAGCACUAACAUUAUAUAAUAUGAAUAGACAUUAAGAAGCUUUAAAAUAUUAUAAUUUAGCAAUUGAAAAAGAUCCAGAAGUUGCAGACUAUUUCAAUAAUAAAGGUAUAUUUAUACUUGAACUUUAAAGCACUAACAUUAGAUAAUAUGAAUAGACAUUAAGAAGCAUUAUAAUAGUAUGAUUAAGCAAUAAAAAACAAUCCCGAUGAUGCAGACUAUUUUAUGUAAAAAGGUAUAUUUAUACUUAAAUUUGAUAGCAAUAACAUUAGAUAAUAUGAAUAGAUAUGAAGAAGCAUUAGAAUUUUUUGAUUUAGCAAUAUCUAAAUAUCCAGAAUUUGCUGGCUAUUUUCAUGAAAAAGGUAUAUUUAUCCAUAAAUUUGAUAGGAAGAACAUUAGAUAAAAUGAAUAGAUUUGAAGAAGCAUUAACAUAUUAUGAUUUAGCAAUUGAAAAAGAUCCAGAAGUUGCAGACUAUUAUAAUAAUAAGGGUAUAUUUAUACUUGAACUUUAAAGCACUAACAUUAGAAAAUAUGAAUAGUUAUGAAAAAGCAUUAAAAUAUUAUGAUUUAGCAAUAUAAAAAGAUCAAUUAUAUGCAAUUUAUCAUCAUAAUAGUGGUUAAUUUUAAUAUUUUUACUUUAUAGCAAAAUUACUAGAAAAAAUUUCUAGAUUUGAAGAAGCACUAAAAUUUUACGAUUCAGCUAUUUAGUUAAAUCCAGAAAAUGGAAUUGUUUUCGAUGAUAAAGGUUAAAAAGUGCAUAUUUUUUGUAGCAAGAACUUUAAAUAAAAUGAAUAGAUCUGAAGAAGCAUUGGAGUAUUAUGAUUCAGCUAUUCAGAAAAACCCAGAAAAUGCAGAUUAUUAUAAUGGCAAAGGUAUAAUUUUAUGAUGUAUAUUUUCUUAGCCAUUGCCUUACAAAAAAUGAAUAGAUUUUAAGAAGCAUUGGAGUAUUACGAUUAAGCUAUUCAGAAAAACCCCAAAAAUACAGAAUACUUUAAUAACAAAGGUAUAAAUUCCAGAUUAUUAAUUUCUUAGCCUUAGCCUUAAUAGAUAUGAAUAGAUUUGAAGAAGCAUUAUAGUAUUAUGAUGCAAAUUGA